AUUAAUUGCUGAACUUAUCUUCUCAAGAAUCCUUCUCUUCUUCAAUCUCAUCAGUGAAGGUGAAGAAAGGGAAAAUUUCUCAUCUUCUGAGGAGUUUGCUUCUCGCAACUUAGAAAAAAAAUUAAAAAAAAAAGAAAACGAAAUGGAAAUCGUUAGCUCCAUUGUCACUAGCGCUGCAGAGUACACGAUCUCUACCAUCAAAAACCAUAUCAAAUACCUUUGCAAUCAUGAGAACCAGGUCCGGACCCUCAAGAAUCAAGUUGAGAGCCUGAAGGAUGCACGAGAAAGAGUACAGCAUUCGGUUGAUGCUGCUAUGGGAAAUGGGGAGGAGAUUGAACACGAUGUCGACAAGUGGCUGACUACCGUCAAUAAGAAGAUCUCUGAAGAAGUAGAGAAAGUAAUACAGGAUGAAGAAAAAGCAAAGAAAAAGUGUUUCCUUGGCUUGUGUCCUAGUUUCUGGACACGUUACAAGCUUAGCAUGGAAGCCGAAAAGGAGGCGAAGGCUGUCGCUGAGCUACUCAAACAGAGCAAAUUUGACAAGGUUUCGUAUCGUGCAGCUCCACAAGGUAUCAUGGUCGCAUGUGUUAAAGGUUUUGAAGCAUUCGAGUCAAGAACGAUGGUUUUCAAUGGAAUCAUGGAGGCACUGAAAGAUCCAAGUAUCAACAUUAUAGGGGUGCACGGGAUGGGUGGCGUAGGCAAGACCUCGCUAGUCAAAGAAGUUGCUAGUCAAGUCAAGGAGGGCAAGUUAAUUGAUUCCGUAGUUAUAGUAACUGUAACUCAGACCCUUGAUGUUGAGAAAAUUCAAAACCAAGUUGCAGACUUAUUGCGUUUAAAAUUUGAGGAACAGAGUAGGGUUGGAAGGGCACUUAGACUACGAGAAAGAUUGCAGAAAGAGAAGAAGAUUCUUGUUGUUUUGGAUGAUAUUUGGGAAAGAUUAGAUCUCGAGGAAGUUGGGAUUCCUUUUGGAAAUGAACAUGAGGGAUGCAAGAUACUGCUGACGUCUAGGGAUCUCAAUGUUUUAUCAAGUGGGAUGGGUACACAGAAAAAUUUUGCAGUUAGCCUUUUAAAUGAAGAAGAAGCCUGGGACCUGUUUAAAAAGAUGGCUGGUGACUAUGUUGAAAGUUGUGAUCUGCAGCCUACAGCUAUGGAGGUAGCAAAGAAAUGUGCGGGACUGCCGAUCGCCAUCGCAACAGUUGCAAGGGCUUUGAGAAACAAACGUUUGUUUGAAUGGAAGAAUGCUUUGCGUGAACUAAGGACGCCUUCAUCAACAAGCUUCACCGAGAUAACAGAGGAUGUAUAUUCACCUAUAGAGUUGAGCUACAAUUAUUUAGAAAAUGAGAAAGUUAAGUUGACUUUCUUGCUUUCUAGUUUAAUGGGUCAUGAUGGUUUCGUUGAAUACUUGUUGCAUUACAUCAUGGGUUUGGGUUUCUUUCAUGGUGUCAACACAAUAGAAGAAGCAAGAUACAAAAUAUUGACAGUGGUGAGUAAGCUCAAAGCCUCUUGUUUGUUGCUUGAUAGUUAUAACGAUGAACGGUUUGAUAUCCAUGAUGUUGUUCGGGAUGUUGCUAUAUCAAUUGCAUCAAGGGACAACCGUAUGUUUGUGUUAAGAGAUGGUGAUGUGCUAAAAGAGUGGCCUGAUCAGGAGAUAAUGAAAAAUUGCAGUGUGAUUUUUUUAAGUUCUCCUAAUAUCAGUGAGCUUCCUGAUGAGUUGGAGUGUUCACAUCUUUCCUUCUUCUUUAUGAACAAUGAAGGUUCAGUGAAUAUUCCAGCCAACUUCUUCAGGGGAACAGAAAGACUCAAAGUCCUACAUUUGGCUAGAAUGCAGUUUCAAUCUCUACCUGUGUCAAUUAAUCUCCUAACAAACCUUCAGACGUUGCGUUUAAAUGGAUGUGCACUGGAAGACAUAACCAUUAUUGGAAAGCUCAAGAAAUUAGAAAUCCUUAGCCUUGCAGGCUCAGAUAUUAAAGCGCUACCCAGGGAGAUAGCACAAUUGACUCGGUUAAGUUUGUUAGAUUUGAGGCAUUGCACUGAACUCAAAAUCAUCCCACCAGAUAUCUUAUCCAAUUUGUCCAAAUUAGAAGAAUUAAUUUUGGAAGAUAGCUUUGUUCAAUGGGAAGAUGAAGUACUUGGUAGUGACAGAAGAAAUGCUAGCCUUGAGGAAUUGAAGCAUUUGUCUCAUCUAACCACUUUGUAUGCUUAUAUUCCGAAUGCCCAAAUAAUUCCCGAAUGCCUGUUCAGUGAGACAUUGGACAGAUACAAGAUUUUUAUAGGUAAUGGUGCAUGGAAGAGGUUCGCCAAGUAUGAAUGCUCAAGAACACUGAGAUUCAACUUAGAUACAAGCAUUUACUUGGAUCAUGGGGUGAAAAUAUUGUUGAAGAAGACAGAAGAUUUAUAUCUAGAUCAACUUAAGGGUAUCAAGAAUGUAGUUGCUGAGUUGCAUAAUGGUGAAGAUUUUCCACAUUUAAAGAAACUUCACAUUCAAAAUGGUUUGGAAGUGCAGUAUAUAGCAACGGAGAAUACUCAGUUUUCUCAGUUACAGUCCAUGACACUCCAAGAUCUGCCACAGCUUAUUGGCUUUAGCUCUGAAGAGAAGACGAGUUCCACCUCCCAGCAGGAGCAGGGGAAUACAAGCACCAAGCCACUUUUCAAUAAACAGAUUGUGUUCCCUCAAUUGACAAGCUUGCGAUUGUCCUCAAUUAAGACCCAAAGGAUAUGGCACAACCAGCUUUCAGAGACUUAUUGUUUUUGCCUUCCGAAUUUGAAGACCAUCAUCAUUGAGGGCUGUCAUUACUUACAACAUCUGUUAUUUCCCUCUGUUGCUAGAAAUCUGGUACACCUUGAACAGUUGGAGAUGGUAAAUUGCAAGUGCUUAAGAGAGAUAAUAUUUACAGGGGAAAUAACAGAACAACAGGAAGAUUUGAUUUGCUUCCCUCAAUUAAACUCCCUAAAAAUAAAGAAUCUUCCGAAUCUCAUCAAAUGUUGUUCAGGAAAUUAUAAUAUUGGGUUCCCAUCACUAAAAGUGCUGCAGAUUGAGCAUUGCCCUAAAUUACAAGAAUUUAUUAGUGAAACUAAAAUGGAGGGGAAAUAUGAGUCCAGUAUACAAGCUCUCUUCAAUGAAAAGGCUGCAGUUCCCAGAUUGGAAAGGAUGACACUUUCCCACUUGAGAAAUGUGAAGAAGAUGUUUCAUGACCAACUUCUAGCAGGUUCCUUUGGCAAAUUAGAAGAAAUGAAUGUUGAAUGCUGUGAUGAGUUAUUGGCUCUUUUUCCAUCUAAUGUGUUCGGAGUACUUCAAAGCCUAAAAACACUUAGAGUGGAGAGAUGUGAUUCACUAGAACAGAUGUUUGAGGUUGGGGUUGGAGGGUUAAAUAUCAAAGAAACACAUGCUGUAGAUUCUCAACUAAUGGAAUUGUAUAUUUAUAAUCUACCAAAACUGAAGCAUGUUUGGAAUAAAGAUCCCCAAGGAAGUCUUACCUUUCGAAAUCUGCGAAAGGUAAGGGUUAUGAGUUGUGAGAGUCUGAAAAAUCUAUUUCCUGCAUCAAUAGCCAAAGAUCUUCCCCAAAUCGAAGAUCUAACAAUAAGUAGUUGUGGGGUGGAGGAGAUUGUAUCCGCAGGGGAAGGAUUGGAGCAGCCGGUUAGGUUUAAGUUUCCUCAAAUGUCUUCCCUGCAGCUUACACGCCUAAGAAAGCUCAAAUGUUUCUAUCCAGGGCAACGUACGAUAGUCUGGCCCAUGUUUAAAAAAUUGACAACAGAUUGUUCUACUUUAAUAAAGAUGCUAGCUUCAGAACGUCUGAGAAUCCAUGACGAGCUGGAAUUCACAAAAGGACAAUCACUUUUCUUGGAUGAAGAGGUCAUUCCCAAAUUAGAGGAAUUGAGCUUAUCAAAUAUUGAUGACAUUGCAACGAUAAGUGAUGGCCAGUUUCCUACUGACUUGUUUCACCAUAUUAAAGUUUUUGAGGUGAAUAACUCCAAUUUUCCAUUUUGUUUGGUCCAAAAAUUUCACAAUCUUGAAAAUCUGAAGUUCUCUAAUUGUGACUUCAAAAGUCUAGUCUCUUGUGAAGGAGAUGUUGCGGAAAAGCCUGAUGCUGGGAUUCUCUCACGAAUUAGAAAAUUAAAAUUGAAUUCUUGCAAAAAUCUUACAUAUAUAUGGAAGAAAGAUUCAGAGCUGGGCCACAUUCUUGCUAAUCUGGAAACUCUAGAAGUUGUGUGCUGCGAUGAUUUGAUAAAUUUUGGACCCUCCUCAGCAUCUUUCCGAAAUCUCACAACACUUGAAGUGGGAAGAUGCAACGAGAUGAAAAACUUAGGUACACCUUCAGUAGUCCAGAGUCUGGUACAACUAACAAAAAUGACGAUACAACACUGCGACAGGAUGACAGAAGUAGUUGCAACCGAUGGCGAUGAGAAUGAGAUCACUUUCAGCAAGUUGAAAUAUUUAGAACUCUAUCAUUUACAGAGCCUCGCAAGCUUUUGUCCAGGAAAUCACACCUUCAAGUUUCCAUCCUUGGAAGACUUAAUUGUGAGUAAUUGUUAUAGCUUAAAGGUUUUUUCUCAAGGAGUUUUAAGCACCCCAAAAUUAGAGAGAGUAAAAGAAUCGUGUUAUGGUGACAAAGGGCGUUGGGCUGGUGACCUUAAUACCACCAUACAACAGUUGUACACUGAAAAGGUUGGAUGCUAUGGCCUAUUCCGUUUGAAAUUUUCAGACGCAUUUCCCGAGUUGAUGGAAAUAUGAAAUAGGAACCCUCAAGAAAUUUUGCACUUCAAAAACCUUGAACAUCUGAAAGUUUGUAAUUGUAGCAGCUUGAAAUACAUUUUUACCCCCUCUAUGGCUUUGAGCCUCCGGCAAUUAUUCACAUUAGAAGUAAAAGAAUGUCCCUCGAUGGAAGCAGUCAUCAUGGAACAGGGAGUUGAGGAGGAAGCAACGACAGAUAAGUUAACAUUCCCCCAGUUCUACUUCAUAAAAAUUGAGUCAUGUUCCAACUUGACGAGUUUUUAUUUGGGAAGUCGAGCUCUUAAAUUUCCAGGGCUGGGCACAAUUAGGAUAGUGGUCCAAGAAUGACUACAUUUGCUGCUUCUUCAUAUUCAAGAGACAAGGAGAAAGAGACGGGUGGUGAUGGAAGUGAAAAAUGGGAUAUUACUUCAACUUUUUUCGGCGAUAAGGCUUUCGAUUGUGGACUGUAAGGCCACGGAAGAAGUAAUCUUCAUGGAAGGAAUGACAGAAGAAGAAUCAAUGAGCAAGAUGUUGUUCACCACUCCAAAAUUCCUAAAGCUCGAAGACCUUCCUAAACUCAGAAGAUUCUGCUAUGAAACUGAUAAUGAAUUCCCCUCCUUGAGAAGUCUAGUCCUAACAAACUGUCAUGUAUUGAAGACAUUCGUCUUUAAAUCUGUAAUUGACGAAGUUGGGGAUGAACCUUAAAUUCAUCAGAAUGCACAAGGAAAUAACUCGGCUCUCUUCAUUGAAAAGGUGGUCUUCCCUAAGCUAGAGAAGUUGACAAUCAAAGCUAUAAGGGACUGUAGAAAGAUAUGGCAGGGUCAACUCUCGAUGAACUCAUUUUGCAAACUAAAUAAUAUAUGGGUUGGAGACUGUAAAGCACUCCUAAAUAUCUUCCCGUUUAAUGUGAUGGAAAGACUCCAGGAACUAGACAAGUUGCAGAUUGUGAAUUGUGAUUCAUUAGCCAUAAGAACUUAUUGCUAAUCAAUCACAUGCAGCAAUAGCUACUCGAUCAAUUGUGGUGGAAACAGAUACUACAUUUGUGUUUCCCAGAGUGAUAUACUUUCAACUUGAUAAAU